GUCAGUGCCUUCCACAGUAACCACGAGUCGUGUUCAGAACUAAUACAUACAAAAUAGUAAUAAUAAUAAUAAAAAAAAAGUUUCAUGUUUUUUAUUAAAAUAAGUGUGUGAGUGUAGUGUAACCAUGUUUGACGUGUUCGGCUCGGUGAAAGGUCUGCUUAAAAUCGACCAAGUAUGCAUAGACAACAAUAUAUUUCGUUUGCAUUACAAAGCUACGGUAAUAAUUUUAGUAGCGUUUUCUCUAUUAGUUACGAGCAGACAAUAUAUAGGGGACCCGAUAGACUGUAUAGUUGAUGAAAUACCCUUAAACGUUAUGGAUACGUAUUGUUGGAUUUAUUCGACGUUCACCGUUCCGGACAGAUUAACGGGACAUAUAGGAAAAGAUAUCGUACAACCCGGGGUGGCGAGUCACGUGGACGGUAAAGACGAAGUUAAAUAUCACAAAUAUUACCAAUGGGUAUGUUUCGUGUUGUUUUUCCAAGCGAUGCUUUUUUACGUUCCCAGAUAUUUGUGGAAAACAUGGGAAGGCGGACGCAUUAAAAUGUUGGUAUUGGAUCUUAAUUGUCCGAUAGUUUCGGACGAUUGUAAAAAAGAUAGAAAACAAUUGUUAGUCGAUUAUUUUACUACAAAUUUACAUAUGCAGAAUUUUUACGCGUUUAGAUUUUUUAUAUGCGAAGUACUCAAUUUUAUAAACGUCGUCGGACAAAUAUUUUUCAUGGAUUUCUUUUUGGAUGGGGAAUUUAGUACGUACGGAAGUGACGUGUUGAAAUUCACGGAAAUGGAGCCGGAAGAAAGGGAAGAUCCGAUGGCUAGAGUAUUUCCUAAAGUAACGAAAUGUACUUUCAACAAAUACGGUCCGUCCGGUUCGGUGCAGAGAUUCGACGGGCUUUGCGUUUUACCUCUUAACAUCGUCAACGAGAAAAUUUACGUCUUCUUAUGGUUCUGGUUUAUUCUUCUCAGUGUACUUUCAGGUAUUUCUUUGUUGUAUCGUUGCACGGUUAUCGUCGGACCGAAGAUCAGACUCUACCUGCUCAGAGCGAAAUGCCGCAUCGCCCCCGCCAACGAGAUCGAGACUAUCGCCAAUAAAUGCGAGAUCGGGGAUUGGUUCGUUUUGUACCAAUUAGGGAAAAAUAUCGAUCCGUUGAUUUUUAAAGAAGUGAUAUCGGAUUUAUCGAAAAAAAUGGACGGCAAAGAGAGCGUUUAAAACUUUAUACUAUUGAGUUGCUUGUGCGCGGUUAGGUUAUCUAGAUUAUUAUUUAUUUUUUUUUAUUCCAAUCUAGAUGAUAAAAUUUUAUUUUCGCUAUAUAAUUUGUACAAAAAUAUCUUAUUGAAGAAAUAUGGUUGCUAAUUAUAACGUGAAUAACAAUUUUUAUCCAUUCCUUUUUUUUUUUUUUAGAUAUUUUUUUCUAGUAGUACGACAUUUUCUAAAAUAUAAAAUGUAUCUUAGUACGAUUUCUGAUUAAUUACGUAUUUACGGGGUGUUCAGAAUAAGCACUUUUUUAACUUGCUCCAUUUAUAUACAAUUAUUCAAAAUGGCGGACGAAGUUUCAUAAGUUUCGUUGUAGAUUUAAUAAAUAACAUCCUGUAUAUAUUUUUUAGUAUAUUUUAAUAUUGAAUAUUAUUAAAAAAUAUAUAUAUAUAUACGUAAAGUAAUGAAAAUACGGGGUGAUUCAAAAAUACGAUAUAAAAAAACCUCCUAAAUUAUUGCAUAAAUAUUUUUAUCGCUUACAAUUGCAAUUUAUACAUCCUGUAUAACAAAUUUUUGAUAUUUUUUUUUUCGAAUAUGUAGUAGUAGUAUUAUACUGCCAUAUUCGAAUCUAUUUCAGAAUACAGGGUGUUUCAAUAUCACGCUAUAAUGAAAUAAAACUUUUAAUCGUUUACGAUUGCUAUUUAUACAUCCUAUAUAACAAAUUUUUGAUAUUUUUUUUUUCGAAUAUGUAGUAGUAGUAUUAUACUGCCAUAUUCGAAUCUAUUUCAGAAUACAGGGUGAUUCAAUAUUACGCUAUAAUAAAAUAAAACUUUUAAUCGUUCACAAUUGCUAUUUAUACAUCCUGUAUAACAAAUUUUCGAUAUUUUUUUUUUCGAAUAUGUAGUAGUAGUAUUAUACUGCCAUAUUCGAAUCUAUUUCAGAAUACAGGGUGUUUCAAUAUCACGCUAUAAUGAAAUAAAACUUUUAAUCGUUUACGAUUGCUAUUUAUACAUCCUAUAUAACAAAUUUUUGAUAUUUUUUUUUUCGAAUAUGUAGUAGUAGUAUUAUACUGCCAUAUUCGAAUCUAUUUCAGAAUACAGGGUGAUUCAAUAUCACGCUAUAAUAAAAUAAAACUUUUAAUCGUUUACAAUUGCAAUUAAUACAUCCUGUAUAACAAAUUUUUAAUAUUUUUUUUUCGAAUAUGUAGUAGUAGUAUUAUACCGCCGUAUUCGAAUCUAUUUCAGAAUACAGGGUGAUUCAAUAUCACGCUAUAAUAAAAUAAAACUUUUAAUCGUUUACAAUUGCUAUUUAUACAUCCUGUAUAACAAAUUUUCGAUAUUUUUUUUUUUUCGAAUAUGUAGUAGUAGUAUUGUACCGCCAUAUUCGAAUCUAUUUCAGAAUACAGGGUGAUUCAAUAUUACGGUUUAAUAAGAAUGAAUAAACUACGCUAACUAACUAAUAAAAGUUAUAUUUGCAGACUGGACAUCGCGUAUAAUAAAUUUUAAUUCUUAUGAAACAUGAAAUAUUAUAUUGUACAAUCGUAUUUAGAUUUAAAUAUCGAAAUUUGUCGUAAAAAAAUGCUUAUUCGUUUUUGAUUAUGUUCAAAUUACAUUUUAAUGUAUAUACACCCUGUAUAAUUACAAAAAGAUAAAUAAGUGUUUCGAUUAUCUAUCGGGUACUUGCAGUGGACAUUCGAUUAUACUACGUGCCUUCUUUUUUUUUAUUACGGAACGAAUUGACAUCUGCGCAUGCGCGUUGAACUCCUUCGCGAGUUUUUUGUUUUUUUCUUCUUUUAAAUGAUAAAUAGUUCUGUGAUUACAGAAAAGACUGUGUAAAUAUAAUCCGGCCGGCAAUAUCGGCUGUGAUAUUUAUGAAAUAUAAAUUUUUUCUAUAACAAUAGCUCAAUGACGUCAUUCCAAAAUUGCUUACAAUUCCUAAUUUUUUUUUUAUAUACAUACAUAUCUAUAUAUGUGUAUAAAAAUAUAAACAUUAUUACUGCCAAUUACUGAACAGUUGUUAGGAGUAAUUUCGUAAUUUAUGUAUACCUGUCAGCAAAAUAAUCAGGCGCUCAUAAAAAAAACAUUGUAAUAAUACACACUCCUGUUAAGUUUUAUUUUUAUUACGAUUAUUCCAAAAAAAAAGACUGACUUUUCAAAAAUAAAACCAGUUCCUUAAGCCCAACACACAAAUAAAUUCACGAAGCCAUAGAACAAUUGAUUGUUGUUAAAUUUUUUUCGUUUUUUUUAUAAAUUUAGACACAAAUUAGCCGAAAAAAUGAUCAAAAAUUAAAGUUUAUCGCACGAGACCCAGAUAAUUUGAUAAUUACCGUACCUGAGCUGUCAAAGUUGUACGUGUAAACCGUAUCGUGUAUAACUUACUUAAUCUGUAUUGUCAUGUGAUAGUUUCGAAAUCGUAAUGGCGUAAAUACUGACCGAACAGGACCGUACUUUAUUAUUUACAACAUUUAAGUAUAUACAAUAAAUUAUAUGACGUUUAUACAUUUAAAUAAACAUUUUUCUCUCAAUUAGUAAAUAUAAAUUAGUUAUAUGUAUUUAUUUCGUACGAAAUAUUUUGUAUAAUGAAAUUUUUUGGAAAAUUUGGAACACCUGCACUCCUAAACUGUUUGCUGUAAUUAUAUUUUCAAGGUAUACUAUUUAAAUCGUAAUAUGUGAUGAUUAGAAAGUAGUUUAGGGUAAGUUUCCAUACGCAUACAAUUCCAAGUGAAAAUAAAUAGCCUAGAACGAAUCAAGUCGCCAAUAAUUUUUUUUAAAAUUGUAUUUUGUAUAGUAUGUGUUCUGAUUUUAUAUAAUUAUAUUGUAUAUUAUUGAUUACGUGUGAAAAAGAGACAUAAGUGCCUUUUAUCAAAUUUGUAUGGAAUUGCAAAUAAAUUUAGUAUAAUAAUUUUA